CCAACAAAGCAAACGAGCACAAGUGACAUGUUGAUUGUCAUGUUUGGAGACCGCUGUCAAAUGGACAGUCAGUCAUUGAGUUUAGUCAGUUACAUGUCUCGUCUUUUUUGCUUGUUUUAAAGUUUCGUACUCUGUUGUGUAUCAUUGCUCUGUGGUGGUUAAAUAGUUUCUUCAAGUUUUAAGAAUAUGUAUACACGACCCAUUAAAAAACUCACUCCUUCGUCUAGUGGUUAAUGAAAAUAAUUGAGUUAGUGAUGUGUGAAUCUGUGAACGGAUGACUUCCUAAGUUCCUACCAUAUGUUUGAUUUCAUAUGGCAAAUUCUCUCUGAAUCAUUUUUAUCAAUUACAUCUAAACACAGUGUGGCGACACAACAGUUUUAAAUGAAAGGUAAAAGUGGGGUCAUCACCGUUCAAAUGAAUAAAAAUGUCAACAGAAGGCAGUGGAGAGACACCUUCUACUGUGCCAUGCUUACCCGGAGCGCCGGAGCAGACUUACCUGUUUCCGAAAGCGAAAGGUCAUUCGAGGUCUGUAAGCCAUGGCGGUACUCCUAUGCUGGCGGGGAAUCCCACAGCGCCACGGCCGUCGCUCAAGUCAGCGAUGCGCGGCCACCAGCGCGCCCUGUCGCACGGGCAGAUCGGCGAGGGCGGGCGGCCCAGCACGGGCCCCGGGCACAGCCGCGCCGGCAGCCGCACGGACUUCAUCCUGCCGCCGGGGCACCGCGACCCGCCCGUGCCCAGCGCCGCGCCGCGCCUCGGCUCCGUGCGCAUCCACUCGCGCCAGGCCUCGCGCUCCGACUCCAUCUACACCAUCCGACGCACCUCCGUCGUCAGCCCCUGGCGGAGAGCCGCCUUCUGGCUGCUGAGGCGGCAGCAGCCCGCUGUUGAUAAUAGACACCUCGUUGUCACUCCCAACCACCUGGUGCCUGAUAAAACACCACCCAAAGAACACCCUAAUGGGAAGAGAUGCGACAAUAAAAUUAGGACUACAAAAUAUACUUUACUGUCAUUUCUACCUAAGAACUUAUUUGAACAAUUCCACAGGAUUGCCAAUGUGUACUUUAUAUUCAUAGUGUUGUUGAACUGGGUGCCGGCAAUCAGUGCAUUCGGUAAAGAGGUUGCAAUGCUGCCCGUGUUGUUUGUGCUUGGUGUGACAGCCAUUAAAGACUUAUUUGAAGAUCGCAGACGACACAAUUCAGAUAAAAGAAUAAACAACUCAUUCUGCAGAGUCUUCAAAAAAUCAGCGGAGCGCUACGUGCGGGUGAAAUGGCGAGACGUGCGGGUGGGGGACCUGGUCCACCUGUCGAACAACGAGCCCGUGCCCGCAGACAUGGUGCUGCUGCACUCCUCCAACUCCCUCGGCAUCUGCUACCUGGACACCUGCAAUCUGGACGGGGAGACCAACCUCAAGCAGAGGAUAGUGGCUCCCGGCUUCAAAGAGAAGCAAGCGGAGUUCAGUCCAAUAAAGUUCCGAAGUUCUGUGGAAGUAGAGCGACCAUCUACAAAAAUAUACAGAUUUACAGGCUGUAUCUCGCACCCCAACGGAGCCCGAGUGCCGCUCGUAUCUGAGAACCUACUGCUGAGGGACUGCACGAUAAAGAACACAGACUAUGUAGAGGGCAUCGUCGUGUACGCGGGACACGAGACCAAGGCGAUGCUCAACAACGGAGGACCAAGAUAUAAGUGUUCAGGCUUAGAGAAAAAAAUGAACACCGAUGUGAUAUGGUGUGUCUUAGUGUUACUCUUCCUUUGUUGUGCCGGUGCAGUCAGCAGCAAAAUGUGGUUAGACCACUAUUAUGUUUCGCUAUACCAGGCAGUACCUUUUAUAGUAAAUGUGAACAAACCCGCCUUCGAGGGGCUCCUCAUAUUCUGGACUUACAUCAUAGCGCUCCAAGUGAUGAUACCCGUGUCGUUGUACGUGACAAUAGAAAUGACUAAACUGCUCCAAGUAUAUCAUAUACACAAUGACGUUCAGAUGUACGAUCCCGAAACGAAUACGCGGACAGAAUGCCGUGCCUUGAAUAUUACCGAAGAGUUGGGACAGGUAGCGUACCUGUUCAGCGACAAGACAGGGACUCUCACCGAGAACAAGAUGGUGUUCAGGCGAUGUGCGAUCAGUGGCGUAGACUACGACCAUCCGCCGGGUCCUCCCGCGGAGCCAGCUCCAGAAUUGCCGCCCAUCGUCACUCCCAUCACGAACGUAUCUCCGAACAGACGAUUACUACAACAUUUAACUGACAACAAUGAUGCACAACAUACACAAAAGGUUCGCGAAUUCCUGAUAAUCCUGGCUGUAUGUAACACAGUGGUGGUUAGUCAGCCGCACGUGGACUCAAUGCAGCUGAGCGCUUCUAACUCCGGCGAACAGAUCUCAACGGGAAAGGCGACACGAUCGAACGGCACACUCAGAUCUAACGACAAAUAUGCUCGCUUAACCGAGUCUCGGUCGACGACGCCAUCGCCGCCGCCGUCCACAGGGUCACCUCUCAAGAUCCGACUGCCGAAGCUCCUCAUGAGCAGCAAGGAAGACACGAGCAUACCCAGCACAUCGGUCACUGAUCAUAGUUUAAUCCGCUACGAAGCCGAAAGUCCAGACGAGUUAGCGUUAGCAGAAGCCGCCCUAGCUUACGGCUACGAGCUGAGAAACCGCCACCCUGAUGAGGUGGAGCUGGGCAUCCGAGGAGAGCUCAGCAAGAUGAAGGUGUUACGAGUGCAGCAGUUCGACGCCAAUAGGAAGUGCAUGUCGGUUGCUAUGAGGACGGCUUCAGGACAGGUAAUACUAUACGUGAAAGGUGCAGACACGACAGUGCUCGGAGCGUUAGCACCCAUGCGGGCAGGGUCCGCCGAACUGGCCGCCUACGAUAGAACCCGCUCCCUACUGUCGGAGUACUCGCGCGCGGGUCUUCGGACGCUGGUCAUGGCGAAACGGACCAUGCAGCCGGCGCUGUGGGAAGAGUGGUUAGCUGGACAUAAUCGGGCUAUGGAGUUUGGUGAAGGUCGAGAAAAACGCAUGCGCGAGUCACUAGCGCGGUUAGAAAGUGCCCUAACUCUAGUCGGAGCAACAGGCGUAGAAGACCGUCUACAAGCACAUGUACCAAGGACAGUACGGGCGUUACUAGACGCCGGUAUUGUGGUGUGGGUGCUGACGGGCGACAAGCCGGAGACAGCUAUCAACAUUGCGUACUCGGCUGCGCUGUUCUCGCAGUCGGACCGAUUGCUGCAUCUCAUUAGCCGCGAUAAGGAACACGCAGAGUCCACGAUAAAGAACUACCUAGAGAACAGCGUGACGGGCUCGGGCGGGGGCCGGGCGCUGGUGGUGGACGGACGCACGCUGACGUACAUCCUGGACCGGCGCUCGGGGCUGGUGGCGCCCUUCCUGUCGCUGGCGCGGCGCUGCUCCGCCGUGCUGUGCUGCCGCGCCACGCCGCUGCAGAAGGCAUAUAUCGUCAAGGCGGUGAAGGAAGAGCUGGGAGUGACAACGUUGGCGAUCGGCGACGGCGCCAACGACGUCUCCAUGAUACAGACUGCUGACGUCGGCGUCGGUAUAUCAGGUCAAGAAGGCAUGCAAGCAGUGAUGGCAUCAGACUUCGCAGUGUCCCGGUUCAUGUACAUAGAGCGGCUACUGCUCGUGCACGGACACUGGUGUUACGAUCGACUAGCCAGAAUGAUACUCUACUUCUUCCUUAAAAAUGCCACGUUCGUGUUCCUAGUAUUCUGGUUCCAGCUGUACUGCGGCUUCUCGUCCAUGGUGAUGAUAGAUCAGGUGCAUCUCAUGACGUAUAACCUCAUGUUCACCGCGCUGCCGCCUAUUGUUAUCGGUGCAUACGACCGCGUAGCCCCAGCAGCUUUACUGACGGACCGGCCCGGCCUGUACUCAGCCUGCCGCCGCGGCCUCGCCUACCGCGCCCACAGCUUCUGGGCCGUGCUGGCCGAGAGCCUGUACAUCAGCGUAGUGCUCUUCUACACCAACACCUUCGCCUACUGGGACACGGCCGUGGACCUGUGGGCCUUUGGAGUCACCUGUAUGACGUGCUGUCUCGUUGUCAUGCUGCUGUAUGUCGCUAUUGAGACGAGGAGCUGGACGGUGAUCCACGUGAUAGCUCUGGCGGGUUCCCUCAUUUCGUUCUUCAUACUAACGCUGGCGUACCAGUCCAUCGGCGCCUCGGUCCUCAACCUGCCGUCCACGUACCACGUGCUGCAUAACACCAUCCAGGAGCCGGUCUACUGGCUCGUGCUUGUUGUUACUACUGUGGCAGCGCUGGCACCAAGGAUGGUGUACUACGGCAUCCGCAACUCGGUGCACCCCGGCACGCUGGGGCGCGCGGUGGUGGCGCGGCGCCGCGCGCGGGCGUAUGCAGCACACUACCGCGCCGCGCCGCCGCAUGCCACGCUAUACAGAGCUCGCGACGAGGACGGGCUGGCCAAGCCGCAGACAGACGUGGCGGCCAUCACGUGACCUCCCUCCCGCCCCCCACCCUCUGGCUGUGAUCUCGAGUGUAAUACACACCUCCUGUAGUUAUAUCGUGCUGUACCGCGGGACCAACACACACAUAGCAUUUAUCGAAAGCUCACAUACGCUAAACAAGCGAUUUUAUGCCAAAUUCACUGACAACAUAAAGGUCGAUUUCCUAAAACAACUGUUUAAAUUUUCACGUUCAAGCAAAAAAUUUAUUGAAGGAAAUCUGUUGUCGGUAAAAAUGGGUAAAAUAUUUCCCGUGAGCUAUAACAAUAAUUUAUAAUGUACAACACAACUAUGUAGAAUCUGAUUUUGAAAUACACUAUUUUAAUUUCUUUGUAAAUAUUUCAUCGCGAGUGUUCAAAACUUUAAUAUAACCCUUAAAUUGGCAAAUCAAUUUAUUACAAAAAAUUAAUAAUUUUUUGUUAUUUCCUGGUUUAUUACGAUGACAGAUGACUGAAAAAAAUCGAAGAAAAAAUCUACCUAUUACAGUUUUCGCGAAAAUCUAUGUACUCCGGGGAGUACGUUGCCAACUGUAGGGGUUCUUCUGUUCGUACUACGUGGAGUACGUUGCCAAAAUAUGAAUAAAACACAUUUUAGUAAAAUCUUCCCUUUAUUAAUCAUAAUUCUUAUCAAACUACAUAAUAUGCAUUUAUUGCGUGUGAGAUUAGCGGAAGCAAUUUCUUUUGUUACUUCCUCCUACCAUAAAACACAGGAGCACAUUGCAUUUCACGCAAAAAACUUUAGUUCUUCUAACUUUGCAAAACCUACAUCGUGAUUGCUUAUCUGCUAUUUCUGGAAAAUUUCCGACAGCAUUUUCUGAUACUGUUCACAGGCCUUUCAGCUGUAGGUUUCUGAAUUAUUUUCUCCUUCACCCACCCAAAUAUCACCAUGUACCGGACCCCUUUCAAGACGUCGGCUCUUGUACAAAGCUCGGUACAUAGAUAUAAGCAUAUCUGCUAAAUCAGGUCGUGUCAGGUUCAAGCACUGCUGAAAAUGAAAAAGAACAUGCUGUAUGACAUACAAUUCACGACUCAACUGAAGUCAUUUUACAUAAAAACCAAUAAAACAAGGGUAGUUUGCAUUUCUAAGUAAUAGGCAAUGUACUUCGUGUAUACCAAAGUUCAUGUUGUGGACUUCACUACGUACUUGGCAACGGUAUUCAGGGAGUACAUACAAAGUUAUGAACUUAUAAAAUUGCGAUUAUAUUAUUUACACGCAAAAUUACGAAUGAUUGAUAUCAUUUAUAAUGUUCCUAUGCAAUUUAAAAACAAAAAACCACAAGUCCCAUCCAAAAAAAAUGUAGAAAAACACACAAAACUUACCCGUGACGCAGAUGCGCCAGACAGCUCCAAAAACAUUUUGAAUUUGACAGCAAUUUUUCAAUGGAACCACAUUCAAAUAUUUUUUCUAACAAAAUAUACAAUAAUUGCAAGCCAAAAAUAAUAAUAAAUUGUAUAUUUUUUUUAAAUUAGUACCUCAAUAAAUUUAAAAAAGUUAAUGUCUUUGGUGGAGUACGCUGCCAAUUUAAGGGAUAACCUACCAUAUCAUCGAAAUUACUUCCGAUGUUGUUAGUUACCAUAUAUGUAUGAUACGUUUAUUAUUUAUGUAGUGUAUAGUACAUAGUACUUACUGCCGCAUCGCGCGGUAUCUCAUAGAUCUGCCAAUGUUAUUCAUUAUUUACUGUUUGACGCUGACGAUAUUAUAAAAAACUUCAAUAUUAUAAUUUUCUACCUAUAUGCGGAGUUAAUUUGUGAAGCUGUUCUAAGCAUAAUAAUGUUUAUUUACAAGAUUAGAACAAUUGCUAUUACGCUACUUCUACGUUCUCAUUUUUUGCUAAAUUCCACCAAAUAUUUUUUAACAUAAUAUCAACGCAAAGCGAUUCAUAUCACAUUACAUUGUAUACUCUUAGAUAUAAUACCGUCAGCGCCAUCUAGCGUGUAGUUUGUUAAUUUUACUAAGUAUUUUGCAUGUCAAUGUACUUCGACCAUGGAUUUAGAAGCGAUUCUACACGUUUGGUGCAAAUAAACACUACUUUCUUAUAAAAACUGUUCACACUGCCUUUGAGAAACGUGUUCUAGCGUAUUUAAAUCCAUGACAUGUUAAUGUCGCGAAUUCGUGAAUGUUAAAAGCAAACUAUACUUAAAUGUGUACCUUGUGUUAACCGCUUCUAGUUGAACGACGAAAGUUCGCUGCUUGAAGCCUGUGUUCAGUCAGAAUGAUUAGGACUAACAAAAAUAUGUGGAUGUAUUCAGACUAAAAUAAGUGCUAAAUAUUAUCUGCGCUUUACUAUCGGUAAUGUCCCUGAAAUACUAGAGAUAACACUGUAUGUGCUGUCUCGCACUCAUCCAUAUUUGCAACAAAAACAAAGUCGGACAAUUCUAGACGAUGAUUACAAAAUAUUCAACGGACUUGUCUGUGUGAGUGCCAACCAAAGAUUCAUUCCCACCUCAUCCAAUUGUGGGCGCCUUCAGAUAUUCAAAAUAAAAACAUCCUCCGAUAACAACUCCUAUUUCGUCUGUUAAGAUUAAUCUCAGUAUUUCUUGCCAAUCUAAUACGAUUCUACAAUAGAAGCUAUAAUUAUAAGAUAAUAGAUACAAAAUCCCUUUAUUGAAUUUUCGGCGCUGCCCGCCAUUUUCCAAAGCACACACACAAACUCCGCAUCUGACGUCACGUUCUAUGCAGCAACUAUUGAAUAGUUGCAGGUAACACAUUGACUAACAUAGAGGUAACAUUAGGUGGUCCCAAGUCUUAGCUGUUAGUCUGUGUCGAACUAAACGUUAUUGUUCGUAUGUCUGUCUGCUAGCACCGUGUUAUGUGGCUAGUACGACGCCAUUGUGAUUGUUGAUGAAAUCUUGUAUUUUAGUAGGUGAUUAUGAUUACUAGUGUGUGAUAACGGUUGACUUCCUUCUCAGAAUAUUUAUAUUUAUUUAUAGAGAAACGCUGCCUUGCCUGAGACUGCACCCGGUAUUGGGGCACACUUGUAUCCGCGGCGGGAACACUCUCACUAAACAAACGUUCACGUUCAAUGUCAGCUAUGACGCGCAUAGCUAAAUGCAAAAAUAUAAGCUUUAAGUAAGUAGGCUUUUAGUAAAAUGCCUAGAAUACAUUAUAAGUGGAAUCUUAACGUGAACUGAGACCAUGAUUUGUGAGGCAUUUAAUACUUUGCUGAAACGAUUGAACUUAUGAAUCAGAAACGAGUGCUUCGGUCUAUAAAAUAGAUUUCUCGCUAUAUUUUUUGAUAGAUUUAAGUGAGCAUUUAAAUAAUAUCAAUUAGAUUUUGAGAUUUCGCUCAGUAUUAGCAGAUCACUCGGUAUUUAGCCUAUAGAAAGCCAAUUACAUAAAAUGUAGCUUGCCGCCGUAUCGUGCUUUUAUUUAACGCCAGAAUAUUGCAACCAAAAGUAGGCUAGAGUAGCCCUUAUUACGAAGAGCAUAGUGACUACUUCUCAGAAACAUUAAUUUGCAUAAUCCUGGCAACAACUAGGUAAAUUGCAUUUAUUUUUGAUAGAGUGGAUUGCAAUCGUCAAUUGUAAGAAGUUGGCAACAAGUGCCUUGUACCUUGCAGCGAGAGUGUUCCCGGCGCGGCCGUCUUCGUGAGUAGAGGAUUCCUAAAGAUUUAACUAUUUUUACUAUCGUUUCUAGUUUUGUACAUACAAACAAAAUAUAUUUCUAUAUGAAUGAGAUGAUUGUUACGUGUACAGUAGGAUAUUUUUAUAUGAAACAAAUCUUUGUGUAAAUAACUUGUAUGUUCUAAGACUGUUGUUUAUUUUAGAGCGUUUAGUUUGUUCAGUUAAAUUAAACUAUGUAAUAGGGUAUUGUGAUGAACACAUGUAUUUUCCAGUCAUUUUGUUAACUUGCUGACCAAUUUUGAAUAGUUCCGUUGUUUCAUUCUUGCCGUGUUUGUAACAAGGUUUAGUACAAUUCUUUCUUCUAUAGUUAUAUUUAGUACUUUUGACAGUUUUAAGGUGAUGCGAAUGUGUGUUUUAUUGCCAGUAUGAAAUUAUCAGUACUUAUUGUGUUGUUUAUUCGCGCUAUUUUUAUGAAUAAGAGUUAAAAAAUUGACUAGUCUUAUCAACGAAAUAUAGAUUUUGUUAAAAUUCUUUUUAGUAUUAUUAAAAAAAACUUCCAUCAAUAAAGGUAAUUGGGAGGGAUUUUAUCGAUAUACAGUACUACGAAACGAAAUUAUGUGCCUUCGUAGUUAUCUAUCAACUGAAUUAGUACUUCUUAGGGAACAAUAUCAUGCAUUUUAUUUUCAUUGAAGAAAUUAAUUAAUCUUGUGAACUUGACUGUACCCUCAUAUCGAAUUGUUUCGUAGUACUGUAUGCAUUUAUUCUGUUAUUAUGCUUCUUCCAUUAUGAUAUUAUAAAUCAUGUUUAUUCUUACUAAACACUAAUAUUGUGCAUUUAUGUUUUGUGAUAUUGUCAAAACAAAAAAUAUUAAAGUCGCUAUCAAAAAGUAAGCACGGCAAUGACUAGAAAAUACAUCAUAUAGAUGUGUUGUUUUAUAAUAAUAACAAAUUAUUUAAUUUCAUUACAAA